CUCCUUCUUCUGCAACAUGAGGGGCGCACGUUUACAGCCAGGCACACAUAAAUAAUGAACCCGUAUACAAAUAAUGGACGUUUUGUUAAGACAACAAUAAUGAGGCGCUGAAGCGUCAUAGCGCCAAAGAAUGGUGGCGAUGUGGCAGCCGGCGAACGUAGAGACUUGUCUGCACGUCUUGUCACUAUGGCGGUUGGGUUCGGCGCUGCUGGGACCGGCGCUGGAGGGGCAGCAGCGAGAGUUUGGAACUCUGCAUCACAUCUGCUGCUUGGUGCUCCUGGCAAUCCUGGCCUCCCUGCUAGACCGGGCGAACCCGGACUGGUUCAAAGGCCAUCCGCGGUACACGUUUCGCGCGUGCAGCCAGGCGGGGCUGGCUCAGGGGCUCCUGGCGCUGCCCAGCCUCUCCACCGCCAUCGCCGUGGCCACACGAUCAUGGUGGUGGCACCAGGCGGCGCGGCUGCUGGUGCUGUCCUCCUUCCAGGUGCUGUUGUGGUACUCCGCCACGGCGGCCUUCCCGCGCAGCUCGCAGGUGCCACCCACAGCCGCCCAUAGCAAGCAUGAUAGCAACAACGCUGGCAACACCAGCGCCAAUAGCAAUAGCAGCAGCGGGGCCAGCGGCGCUCGCAGCGGCGGCAUGCGGCCGCUGUUCGGCACCCGCCACCGCGGCGCAGGGCCGCUGCUCACCUGGCUGUACCUCUCCGCGGUGGCAGGCGGCGUGCUGGCGGCGGCGGCCAGCGCGGCGCGGCACGGCGCCGCGGCGCCGCCGCCGUCCAGCCCGCGGCUGCUGCUGCCGGGCAGCGUGUUCGCGGCGCCGCGCGACAUCACCGCCUCCGCCUGGGUGCUCGGGUUGGCACUGCUGGCCGCCACCGCCCCGGCUCUUGACCAGCUGGCGCGCCGCCUGCCGCGCAGCUUCACGCCGGGGGAGGCGGGCGUGCUGCUGCAGUCGCUGCUGGCGCUGGCGGCGGGCGCGGCGGCGUACCUGGCGGCGGCGGCGCGGCAGGGCGCGGCACACGUGCUGUGGUCGCAGCACGUGACGCAGCCGGACCCGGGCAUGCACGUGCCGGCCUUCACGAUGCUGGUGCUGUUCUGGGUGCUGGCCAUGGCGGGAUGCACGGCGGCGGCGGCCAUGGGGGGCGCGGCGGCGCCGGCGGCGCCGCCGGCAAGAGGGGAGGGUGAUAGCGGCAAGGCGCCGGACGCGGAGCCAGCUGUAGCCGCGGUCGCGGCCGGCGCCGGUGCUAUAGGUAGCAGUAGCGGGGGCAAGGGGAGAGGCGGCAGUAGCACUAGUACCGGCGCGGGCGCACCGCCACCUUCGCCGCCAUCCGAGCGCGGGCUGCUGCUGCGGCUGGCGGCCGGCGGCGGCGCGGCGCUGAGCUUCCUGAUGCUGCUGGACCUGGGGCUGUGGGUGCUGGGCCGCUUCGUGGCCGCCUCCUCGCGGCCGCGCCUGGCCACGCUGGCCUACUGGUUCGGCUGCCUGGCGGUCACGGUGCCGCUCAUGUACGCCGUCUCCAAGGCCAGUGCGGCGCGGGAGCAGCAGGCGCGCAGGGACAGGGAGGAGGGGGCCACGGAGGAGGGGGCCAAGGAGGAGGGGGCCAAGGAGGAGGGGGCCAAGGCGGAGGGGCCCGGGCAGCGGGAGGCUGGGCGGCAGGAGGCGGCCGGCAAGGGGAUAGCCAAUGGCGGCAGCGGCCAUGGCGUCAGCGCCAGUAGCAAUAACAGCAAGCGCGCCGCCCACAGCGUCGGCAGCAGCGCCGGCAGUGCCUUGUUUAGCAGCAGCAGCAGCAGCGGCUGGCUGUUGCGCGCGCUGGCGGUGCCGCACAUCGUGAUGCGCAAGGGCUACCACCUGGUGGCCAUCCUGCUGUUCCUGCCGGCCUUCGGCUGGGACGUGCGCAUGCUGCAGGCCUCCCUGGCCGUGGCUGGCGUCGUGCUGGUGUUCGUGGAGCUGCUGCGCUGCUGCGGCCCGCGCCGGCUGCGGGAGGCCAUCGGCGGCUUCAUGGCGGACUUUGCCGACGCGCGCGACAGCGGCCCCGUGUACGUGACCCACUUCACGCUGCUGCUGGGCAUUGCGGUGCCGGUGUGGCUCAGCGAGAGCGUGUGCGGCGCCGCCGCCGGCGCCAUGAUGGCGGGGCUGUACGGUCCGGAGGCGGCGGCGCCCAUGACCGAGGUGGGGGCGGCGGCGGCGGGGGUGGCGGGGGCAGGGGCGGCGGGAGCGGGGGCAGGGGUGUUGCUGUCGGCGGCGGCGGCGCGGAUGCUGCCCAGCUGCCGCACGCUGCUGGGGCUGAGCGGGCUGGUGUCGCUGGGCAGCGGCGACACGGCGGCGGCGUGCGUGGGCUUCCUGCUGGGGCGGCGGCGGCUGUUCCGCGGCGGCAAGAAGACGUGGGAGGGCACGGCCAGCGGCGCGGCGGCCAUGCUGGCGAGCUGGCGCGUGGUGGUGUGGUGGAUGGACGUGGGCUGGGCCCUGGGCUGGAGCGCGUGGGUCCGACUGGCGGGCGUGACGGCCGGCGUGGCGCUGCUGGAGGCUGUGACCGGGCAGCUGGACAAUGUGGUGGUGCCGCUGUACUACCUCACACACCUGGUGCUGCUGGGCACUGGGAACUGAAGGGGCCGGCAGGGGGGUGCGAAGAUGUGUACAAGAUGUGUACAAGCGGUACAAGAUGCACUGAAGACUGCAGACGAAGUCGUUACCAAUGAGCGGCCGUCGGGGGCGGGGAGGAGAGGAGAGCGAGGGGCGCCCAGGUGCUGGUGCACAUAAGGCCGCAUGGGCCGCAGCCCCGCAGGGCGAGCAUGCCCAUGGGAUGGCGGUGAGCCGAUGAGCGCGGAGUGCCACGACUGGUCGGUGCGGGGCUGCGGGCACAGGGUUGCUUGCGCGCUGGAGUGCAUACAUAGGGGACAUACUGAGGUGGCGCCGUGGCGGCGCCCACCCAGCCACCGACACUGAAUACGACAACUGACAGGCUGCCGAGAGCGAUGUGCACGGCCCGCCGUGGGGCCCCGGCCCCUGCGCCGUUUAGGUCUGCAAAAA